AUGUUCUCGCCCCUCGCAUACCCAGAUGGUGUUAUCCUCUACGAUCUAAUUUCUCAUGCACCCCCGCCGUCGCACCUGGCCCUCUCGCCGUUCGAUCUCUAUCGCGAACCUCUCGCUAUAAUCGCAGUUGCGGACGGCAGUGAACUUAGUGAUGCCACGUUCAGCAAACGGCAUUCUUCGAACGGCACGGGUCCCACGGUGAUGGAGCGAAAUUUGCGCGCCCUAUACCAAGAGCUCGAAGACCUACGAGAUGUCUAUCCCAAGUCGCUGGUCCAUCAAGUUCUGAUCUUUGACUAUGUACCUCCCGCCGGCGAGGUCAACAUCCCCGAGGAUAUAACGACAAUUCCGACACCCCAAGAUUCGAAACGAACGACGAUAAAAACGGUCAUGUGCAGCAUAUCUUCGCUACUCCUUGCAGAAAUGACCACGCUCGCCAAGUCUGUCGAAGCCAUGACGUCGAUAGAUUCCCCCGGGUCGUACGCUGCCAAGAAUACGAGAACGCAUGACGACUGGGUCAAUGGAGCCAAUCGGCGGAACUCGCAUCUGCCGCCACAUCUCAUGCGAUCAAGCUCAGCGACUCCCGACCGAACACAGUCGAGAAUGUCUAUGCCGCCCGUACCGACGCGAACCCAAUCCGUAUCAAGCGGCUCGACGCCCCGGCCCGAAACACCAGUUCAGAGAGAGCGACGUGAUAGUGCUGUGCGUUCGGUUGAUGGUACCGAGACCGGCCCUACCAGCUCGCCAGCUUCGCCGGAGCCCAAAAUUCCCCUCUCAAGGAGCGGAGAUGUCUCGCGCGAUGCUAGUAGAGACCGCGUUUCAGUCCAAGGCUUCGGCCCUGGCGGCGCCAACGAUCGAUGGCGCAUGCGAGGCAAAGGUCGUGCAGGUGUUGUCAUUGGCUCCAUGUACUUGCAGGCAGGUCGAUGGAGCGAUGCGCUCCGAGAGUUGAGCGAAGGCGCCCAAGUCGCGCGCUCGUUGAAUGAUCACAUUUGGCACGGAAAGGCCCUUGAGCUGAUUCUCAUGAACCUUUUUCUCCUUGGCUGGUUGAAUCUAGACUUUCAGAUACCCAUUGUGUGCCUGCCAACGCAAGAUCGACCAUCGUCUCAGAGAGUCGAAGAACUCCUGGAUCCAAAUCAGCCAAAGCACCUGCGUAAUUUGCAACUGUUGCUGCCGGAACUUUUGGAUCGCAUUCUUAGUCUAUAUUCCAGAAUAUCAAGCGAAAGUCUGCCACCACUGCCAUUUUCGGAAACCACCAUUCGGUUUUGCAAGAUUUUAUCAUCACUGCAUAGCUGCAACGGUAUUUUGAAUCAGGAAUGCCUCGACAUGAUUGUUCUUGGCAAGCCUCCCGGUCUGUGCUUGACGGCAUCACCAAGACUCAUCAUCACUCCAAGCCGCCAACAAAUUGUCAAUACCUUGUUCAAGGCGUUCCCUUCGUCCGCUACCGAAUUAUUGACGACGGCAGACAGAGUUCAGAUCCUUAGCGGAAUCGCCGUCGUCCUGGGUCAGAUUGGAUAUCAUCGCAAAAAGGCCAUGGUCACAAGAGAGCUGGUGUCUGUUCUCAUCGGAGGGCUUGUCGAGGCGCGCACCAAAGGUGCUGCAGAGGCAGGUGUACAUCCCGCAGCCGGACUCAUACCCCUUAAUGCAAGCGGCGACAGAGCAAGAGGCGCUGCAGUGCUGGAUCUUGGCGAAGCAGACAUCGAGCAAGGCAUAGAAGCUUUCCUCGAUCUUCUUUGCAGGUCUUACGGCGUGGUCAGCUUUGACCCUCUUGGCAAAACGAUCGACCUCCCCGACGUGAAGGAAGAUCUAGACGCAGCAGUCAUUUCUAGAAUCCAAAGGCAGCUCGCCACGCGGUUCUUCGGCUUCCCGGAAAUCAAGCUGAAUAUCCUGCGCUCAUGUAUCAAUUUCUCGGAAGCAUUGCCAGACUUUAACGGUGUUCUCAAAUACUCCAGCGAUUUGAUGAGAACGGCUGGCUCCGGUGUUGCGCCGGCUUCGCGCAAGGAGCAUUCGCCGCCGUUGAUAUUUAAGGAAGAACAAGUGCGGUUAGCUGCCAACAUUUCGCGUACCUGGGUCCUCGCUCAGCGGCUGGGUAUGAAUUAUCUUGGCGCCGAGUACUGGGAUGAGUUCCUGGUUCGCGGCGUGGAGCUGGAGCCGUUGCCGUUAACGAGGACACCGGUGCCGCAUUCUCGCAGCAUCCUACCUGGUGCAACGGCGAGCCGUGCGUCGCAAGACGUGAACCCCUUCAUCUACAAUCCGUUUCUCAAAGAGGCUGCGGAGACUGCUGCCAAGAACCUGGUGGCUGGUGAGAUUGCAAACUUCAAGGUAACACUGCAAAAUACAUAUGACAUCGAGGUCGACAUUGAGAGCAUUCGUUUGGAAGCGACCGGCGUCGAAUUUGAACCACUGCCAACGCAUAUCACUCUUGGCCCUUACCGUACUCAGACCGUCAUCCUGCAGGGACGACCGAAAGAGCCCGGAACUGUCGUUAUCACGGGCGCGAUGGUUAGGAUCCGGGGUUGCCGAGAGCGCCUGUUCCCGAUCUUUACGAAUUCAUGGACUCCCCAGCGCGCGGAAAAGGUCAAGUCAAAAGGCCUAGCUUCCCUUGACAUCGGGCCUCCUGUGCCAACCAAGGGCAAGCCUAGCACCCGGCAACUCACGGCGGACAAGUUCAGCGUCAAUGUGGUGCAGGCGCAACCGUUGAUUGUUGUCAAGUCAACCACGCUCUCCCAGUCGUCGAUCAUGGUUCUUGAGGGCGAGCGACAUGUCUUUUCGGUGACGCUACAGAAUUUGUCUGACAACGCAGUCGACUUUAUGCUCUUCUCUUUCACGGACUCUACGCAAGAGCCCUUACAAACGGCAUUGAAUGCCAGAGACGUGCCAGCAGCGGAAAUGUACGAAUACGAGCUUAUUCUUAUGAAGAAGCAGGCAUUGCGUCUACCGAAGAGCGAGCCAAACAGACACAUUGCGCCUGGUGGUGAAGCGACUUUCGAUUUCGAGAUUCUCGGUAAACCGGGCCUUACCAGUGCAACUAUCCAAGUUGAUUACACGUAUCUCGGCGUGCCAAUUGACGAGAUAACGGAGCAAUUCUUCACAAGACAGCUGACUCUGGACUUGGCUGUGACGGUCAAUGCAAGCGUUGAAUUAUCAAGAAUAGAUACGCUACCCGUCUACGGCGGCAUUCCAAAAAGCUUGCUGGAUCGUGUUGGCGGCGACGCGUGUCCCAACGACGAAGAAUACUGCCUUUUGUCGAUGGAUAUGCGCAACUCGUGGCCGAGCCAGAUGGCAAUUCGAUUGGAGGGGAGCGAUGGAAUGACAGUGGAGGAUGAUAUACUCCCUGGCAAAACCACACGGCUCGUUCUCCCGGUCAAUCGCAUCUUGCUGGAGGAUCCGCACGCGUCAAUCCCGAGCUUGAAUCCUAACAAGACGAGGCAGUUCGUGGUCAGCUCGAGCAAGAUCUCGCCAGACAUGGAGCGAGCCAACAGAGAGGCGUUUUGGUACCGCGAAAAGCUUCUCGAUUCCUUGAAAGCCACGUGGAGAACUACGUCGGUACCGAGAAAAGAGGGUGUGAUUGACUUACGCAAUAUACGAUUGACGACGCGCAUGAUUGAAGCGAUCAAGAUUGACGAAAUCGACAUUAGCAUUUCUAUGGAGCCCGCUGGCGGCGAAAAGGGUAGACAGUCACAGAGCGGCGGUAAUGUGGCGAUUAUCGACGAAUUCAUGAACUUGAAAGUACACAUGACGAACAGGACGAGCAGACCCGUCCUGCCAAUGCUGCGGUUGAUGCCUGCGCUCUGUCACCGCCCUCUGACGGUGGCGCUGGACUACACGCGCAAGAUUGCGUGGAACGGGACGCUGCAGCAGCUGCUCCCCGAGCUGGAGGCGAACGGGAGUCGAGACUUUGUGCUGGGCUUCACCGCGCUCUGCCGUGGCGAGUUUGAGAUUACGGCGUCGGUGGAGGAGGUGCUGGUCUGGGAGCCGGAGAAGAAACCACGCCUGGGCAGACCGAGGUCCAACACGCAGGAGGCGAUGGACGCGGCGCUGGGGGUCAAGCAGCGCAGGAUGUGGCAUUCAAGACGCUCGUUUCAGCUUCUUGUCAAGGAUGACGUAUAG